AUGAACAACAGUUACAAGAGAUUACAAGAAGAAAGCAGACCAUCUGACGAUAGUAAAUGCAAGAACGUCGAGGAUGAUCGCAAAUACUACUAUAAGAUUGACCAACAGACAUAUCUGACUGAUGGAGUAAAUGAGAAUACCAAUAAUCAUAUGAAAAAGAUCCAUGUGGAUACUCUUAUGAAUAAACCUGAUAAGCGAUCUGAUACUAGCAGUUUGAUUGAUGGAUUUUCACCUUUAACUAAAGCUUUACAAGGCGAUCGUAAUUCCCUUCUUAAAUCACCUUAUAAUGGCUUAGAAUUAUAUAACGAGUAUUUUAAUUUUUCGGAUACUGACAAUGGCAGAAGAUUGGGUGAUCCAUACUACAGACAGUCAAACGAGGCUUUUAACUACCAGCAGCUUGAUAGCUGUAAAUUUGCAGUACAGAGACAGUUUUAUGGUACUUUUGAAUCAUACUACGGUUGUAUACAUUCUGAAACGGAGUGUAAGUCACUCAUUGAAAAAGCUAAAAAGGGCGAAAUCUUGACUGUAAAAAAGCGAUUAAACCAGAGGGAAAAAACACUGAUCAGACCAGGAUCAGUGUUUGUAUAUACAGAAGAGGAGUCUAAUGUUAAGAGAUGGACGGAUAAGAAGGAAUGGUCACCGAGUCGAGUUCAAGGAUGCUUUCUUGUAUAUAAAGAGCUACAUGGACAAUUAAUGAAGAAAACGUAUGCAAGUAGUCAAAAUGAUGGAAUUUAUCACGUUGUAGCAUAUACCCUUAUGAGUUGGGAUAUCCAAGGAACAUGCUGUGAAUAUUUCAGAGUUCAAUUAGGAAAUAGUCAAAGACCUAUAUGUAAUGCUAAGGAUACUAAGAGAAAUGAUCUGGAAAACAAUUACAGUCACUAUCCAUCUAACAGAAGGGACACUACCCAAAAACCAGGGAAUAGCCAUUUUAGAAUGGGUAACUGGAAUGGAGACCACAAUAAUAUUGAGAUUGUAUCAGAUGAUGACUAUCAAACAACAACUUUUAAUGAGAGAAAUAGUGCAGUAACAUCCUUCAGUGAAACGGGUGAUGUGGACAUUCCUGAUACUGUUGUUUCUUGUAGUGAGAGAAAUGAUGGAUUCCCAAGAAGUAUUCUUGAUGUAAUUUCUUGCAAUGAGAAGAACUGUGGAGGUGUAUUGGGUGAAAAUGAGGUAAUAAAAGAGUAA